CAGGCACAGAGGGUGCUUUAACUUGCAUUCUCACAAGCCAGAGUUAGGUAAAGCACAGAAGUGGCACUCUUUACCAGCUCCAUGCUACACGCUACCUGUUGAACCCUUGUUCUUUUGCACCAUCUGUGCCAGGACUCCACUCCCAUUGCCCAGGUGGACCCCUCCCUCUUCCCAGGUGACGCGGACAGCGAGAGGGAGACGGCCGAGUCCGUCCGGUGGAGGAUCAUGGGAUACUGCCGCGGGGGCGGCGGGGCCGGCGGAGGAGCCCCGAACCUCCUGAGCCCGGAGGACCAGCUGCUGCUGGUUCUGACCCGGCUGCGCCUGGGCCUGCUGCUGCAGGACCUGGCCUUCCGCUUCCGCGUGGCCGAGUCCACCGUGUCGCGCAUCUGGGUGCACUGGAUGGAGCUGCUGCAGCGGAGGCUCCAGCAGAUCCCAGUGAAGUGCAGCCAGCGCUAUAUCAGCUAUUUCCAGCCCAGGCACACGCUGACGGUGGGGUCCAGCCGUGAGCUGACGGUGCUGGAGUGUGCUGACCUGCUGUUCGACGCGUCCUCGCGGGACCGGCAGCGCGCGGCGGGGCGGCCGGGGGACAGCGGCGCCGCCGGGGGGGCGUGGCAGUCCCCGCAGCCCUACCGCUUCCUGUCCCACCACCGGGGCUGCGCCCUGGCGUCGCCCGAGGGCUACCUGGGCUUCGCCAGCUCCCUGCGCCUGGAGGAGUGGGAGGACCACGCCGACGACCCCGGGGGCCCCAGUCCGGCCCCCCUGGCCUUGCCCCCCCACCUGGUCGGGGGGGAGGAGGGCGGGGCGGCCCCACCCCCUCCAACGGGCGCACCCUCCCGGGAGGUUCUCAGCGUGCGCAGCCUGACAGACAAGGUGCUGACGUUCCGCUACCUGCGGGCGGUGCACCCCCACAGCUCCGCCCCUCAGCUGGACCGCGCCUGGGAGGUGUGCUGCUACCUCGCCUGCCUCCUGCACCAGCCAAUGGGGCUCCGCUAGGGCCUGGAGAGGCGUGGCCUGGGAGAACCUGCAUCUGCAAGUGCAGGAACUGAGACACCCCUGUGGAGGCGUCAAACCUGCCAGUUAAAAUUUAGAAGAAGAGAGUGCUGCUCAAGAGGAUGAACAAAGCAGACAACAGCAGUCUGAACUUGUGUGGCUUUUCUAUUGAUUUUGUCUAUUUUGUACAUAAGAGAAAAACCCUACAGAAUAUCAGUUUAGGGCUAAUAUUGUCAUUUAUAUUUUUUUAAAGUCGUCCAUGUU